AUGGUAGCUGCUACAAGUGAAGAAAUGGUAGCUUUGAGUACCACUCAAGUCAUCAUCCAUCCUCUUGUCCUCCUCUCUGUAAAAGACCAUGCAGCUCGUGUAGCCAAAGGCGGAAGAAAGCGAGUGGUAGGUGUACUAUCAGGCCAAGACCUUGUGACAUCCCUCAACAUUGCCAAUGUAUAUUGGACCCGAUCGAAGGAGAACCUGCCGCUUCCCGAGAUGAUGUGCUGCCUCUUGCCAAGACUGGCAGAGCUAGCUGGGGCGUCAGUCAUACGCGAGUUCCUACUGCAUGUCCCUUCAAUCGGUGUGGAACAUCUUUUAAGGAAUAUCAGAGAUAUUUCUACCGGCACGCUCUCUAUUCGAGUCACCGAUUGA